AUGGCCGUCCCACCCAAGUUUGCUGGCCAGAAGCUGCAAUUCGCAAAGCCUCAGACGCCCGCCACUACCGGCGUGGCCGCCACGACGCAUAACCUCGAAGUCUACCUGGACUACGUCUGUCCCUUCUCCGCAAAGCUGUUCAACACCCUAUACAACACCGUGGUCCCCCUCAUUCGCGAGAGCGGCGAGUGGUCGCAAGGCCUCGAGAUUGUCUUCCGCCAGCAGGUCCAGCCGUGGCACCCUUCCUCGACGCUCGUGCACGAGGCCGCCGUUGCCGUGCUGCAGCUCCAGCCCGAAAAGUUUUGGCAGUUCAGCGACGCCCUCUUCAAGCAGCAAAAGGAGUACUUUGAUGUCAACGUGGUCAAUGAGACUCGCAACGACACCUACAAGCGCCUGGCCAAGCUCGCCGCCAGCGUCGGCGUCGACGAGGCUCAAGUGUUUGAUCGCCUCAAGAUUAGUGACAAGCCCGGCGAGGACGGCAGUUUGAACAGCGGCAACAAGGUCACCAAUGACUUCAAGGUCCUUGUCAAGAUGGCUAGAUUGGUGGGUGUUCAUGUCAGCCCGACGGCCAUCUUUGAUGGCGUGGUCGCCAAUGACAUCAGCUCCGGCUGGGGCAAGCAGGAGUGGGCCGACUGGUUGACAAAGAACGUGGUGUAA